UCUGAAGCCGUCUCAAAAGUAACCCCGAUGCAUUUAAUUAAGAUCGCCUUUUUGCUGAGCUUUUUGGCUCUAUGCCAAAGGACCCAGGUUGAGGCAGCCAUAAGUCCCCAGCUGAGCAAGUAUCUCGAGUGUGCAGAGGUGGUCACCGAUUGUGCUGCCCAGCUGAUCGAGAACUCUGUGACGGCCAUCAAGGUGCUGGCCGAUUGCGUUGAUUUCAGGCCUGAACUAAAGCUGAAUGGAAGCAUCGUUAGAUUCAUUAAGCUGGCCUACCAAUUUACUGUCAAGCUCCUCACUGAGAAGAGGAGUUGCCUGGUCGGUAUGUUCAACACGGCCGUUUCCCUUAUCCGACCGUCUGUGGCCCAAUUCGAUAAGCUGCAAUGCUUGAACACCUAAAAUAACAUUAAAAGUCUAUUUGUCAGAUGUAUCUUGUUAGGAAAUAUAUCUAUGCACAUAUGUCUUA